AUGAAUUGGAAAGACGAAAAAACAAUUAGUGUUUAUGAUUUAUCUAAUCAAGAGAAUAAAAAUUCUGGUGACAUUUCAAAUAAAAAUAUUUUUAUAGAAACCCAACAAGAUUCAAUUAAGCAUAAAACAUCAAAUAUUUAUCAUCAAAAAACAUUUAGUAAUUUUCUAUGUUUGUCUCAACAAGACAAAUUAAUUGAAUUACGUACAAAACCUUCAAGAUAUCUUAAUUUUUCUCAAUCAUAUAAUACAAUUAAUUUAAAAUUAUAUAAUGAUAAUUGUUUUCCAAUAAUAUUUAAAUUAAAAACAACUCAACCUGAUAUAAUAGCAUCACAACCAGCUCGUGGUUUUAUUCAAGCUAAUUCAUUUAUUGAAUGUCAUUUAACUUCUAUUGAACUUAAUUAUCAAAUAUUACUUGUUAUACAAUAUGCACAAAUAUUAAAUGAAUAUGAUGAUUAUAUAACACAAUGGAAAAAUUUAAAAUCCGAUAAAAUUCAUAUUAAAAAAUUUCAAUGUAUUUUUGAAAAUGAAAAACAAAUUUAUGGAAAAAAAAAAUUAUUCAAACCAAUAUUAAUUACAUUUGCAACAAUAACUCUUCUUACUACUUUUAUUUAUUUAAGAAAUAAAUAA